AUGGCACCGGCGGGGAGGGCCGCGUCGCGCAGUCGCUGCAGCGCUGCGGUACGCAGGGCGCCGCGGCGUCUCGCUGGCGUGCUCCUAGCGCUCGUCCUCUUGCUCUUCGUCGCGGUUCCUUCCUGUUCAAGUGCCACCGCGGAGGACGAAGCGCGAGAGGAGGCCCUGCGGGCGCUGUCGGAGGGUCUCGACGGCAAGUCUCUCGAGGAGCUGCAGGCGAUGCUGAUCGAGACGAUCGAGAACAGCGACCCGGAGGUCCUCAGCAAGCUCGCGCAGCAGGGGGCGCGCGUUCCGGAGGGCGAGGUGGGCGACGCCCGGGCGGACCCGGAGGUGCUCCAGGAGAUGGUGCGACGGGCGGAGCGACGGUCCGCCGGCGACCUGGACGCGAUCAGGGAGGCGAUAUCGGUUCUGAUCGCGCCGGAGGUGUCCGAGGACAUGCUGAGCGCGGCCCUCGAGCUGCUGGAGUACAAGCUGGCGGACGUGGACCACGCGAACGACUUUUUCCGCGUCAACGACGGGGAGGCGCUGGCGACGCUGGUCGACCUGAUGUCGCCGGCGCGUCCUGCGCACCUCCAGGCCCAGGCCGCGGCCGUCGUCGCCACAGGCUGCUCCAACAACCGGCCCUUCGCGGACGCCGCUGCCGGCGCCGCGGACGGCGUCGGCGUCGCACCCUUUGCCGCGGGGCCGCUGGCGGCGCUGGCAACCGGCCGGCACGGGCCCGAGCCGGCCCACAGCGGCCUUCGCGCCCUCGCUGCGUGCAUGCGCGCGAGCCCGUCCUUCGCGACGGAGGUCUUCGGGCGCGACGCCCUGCGGCAACCGCUUGUGGAUCUGGCAGCCGGCGUCGCGGUCAGCGGCGAGGCGCCGCCGACGACCGCGGAAUCGAUGCGGGCCGCGACGCUGCUGUCGGACCUUGCCGUCGAAGGCGACAUGCGCGCGCGGAACGCGCUGAAGGGGCCCGCGCAGCUGCAGUUCGCGCUGCGGGCUCUCAGUGAGGUGGCGGGGGACGACGCGGGGUGGGACCGGCAGGAGAAGGCGGUGAGGCUGCUUGCGUCGUGUUUGCGGUACGGCGGGGCGGGGGCGCUGGGGGAGGACGACGUGGACGCCGCGCGGCGCGUCGUGGGGCAGCUGCGGCGACGCGUGGCUGCGGAGGAGAGCAGGGGGGGCGUCGAUGACUUCUUGCGGGACGUCGAGACGGUGUGCGACGACGUGCAGCAGAUGCUGGCACACCCGGAAGGGAGCGGUGGUGGGGGCGCGGUUCUCGCGAGCGGCGCGGGCGCGGCCGACCUGUAG